GCUUUAGCAAUGAGGAAAUGCCGCAGACUGUUCCAAUCAGGACGGGGCCGGGCCUGCAGUCUCCAGGGGGCACCCACUUGCUUAGUCAAACCCCAGACAUUUAAUUGAAAAGCAGAAGCGAAAGGAAGACAAGGUUCCUGAAAGGGUUAUUCUGACUUGGACUGGCUAUAAAAAUGCUAUUGGCUGUUACUCCGCGUGGCCAAAGUGCACCCAGAAUGUCUUCUCCCUCCAUCUAGCGAGUUUGUUACUUUGGCUAGAAGGAGGCACACAGCACUCUGCUCUUCCAGAGCAAAGAUGGAGCAACAGCCUCAGUUCAAGACGGAUGGGAGGCUGACACUUGUGCUUGCCUUGGCAACCCUGAUCGCUGCCUUUGGCUCGUCCUUCCAGUAUGGGUACAAUGUGGCCGCUGUCAACUCCCCAGCAGAGUUCAUGCAACAAUUUUACAACAAAACCCACUAUGACAGAACCGGCCAGUACAUGGAGUCCUUCCCCUUGAUGCUGCUGUGGUCUUUAACCGUGUCCAUGUUUCCCGCCGGAGGCCUCGUGGGAUCCCUCCUGGUCGGCCCCCUGGUGAAUACAUUUGGCAGGAAAGGGGCCUUGCUGUUCAACAACAUAUUUUCCAUCGUGCCUGCGAUCUUAAUGGGAUGCAGCAAAGUCGCGAAGUCAUUUGAGCUCAUCAUUGUUUCCAGGCUUCUGGUGGGGAUAUGUGCAGGUCUGUCUUCCAACGUUGUCCCCAUGUACCUGGGAGAGCUGGCCCCUAAAAACCUGCGGGGGGCUCUCGGCGUGGUGCCGCAGCUCUUCAUCACUGUGGGCAUCCUCGUGGCCCAGAUCUUCGGUCUCCGGAAUCUCCUCGCAAGCGAAGAAGGCUGGCCCGUCCUCCUGGGGCUGACCGGGGUGCCCGCGGCGCUGCAGCUGCUCCUGCUGCCCUUCUUCCCCGAGAGCCCGCGCUACCUGCUGAUCCAGAAGAAAGACGAAGAGGGCGCCAAAAACGCCCUGAAGAGGCUGCGCGGCUGGGACUCCGUGGACGCGGAGGUGGAGGAGAUCCGGCAGGAGGACGAGGCGGAGAAGGCCGCGGGCUUCAUCUCCGUGCUGAAGCUGUUCCGCAUGCGGUCCCUGCGCUGGCAGCUGCUGUCCAUCAUCGCCCUCAUGGCCGGCCAGCAGCUGUCGGGGGUCAACGCGAUCUACUACUACGCAGACAAGAUCUACCAGAGCGCAGGCGUGGCCGAGGAUCAGGUCCAGUACGUGACGGCCGGCACGGGGGCCGUCAACGUGGUGAUGACCAUCGUCGCUGUGUUCGUGGUGGAGCUGCUGGGCAGGAGGCUGCUGCUGCUCCUGGGCUUCUCCGUGUGCUUCUUGGCCUGCUGCGUGCUGACGGUGGCGCUGGCGCUGCAGGACACGAUAUCCUGGAUGCCUUACGUCAGCAUCGUCUGCGUCAUCUCCUAUGUCGUGGGACACGCCCUCGGGCCCAGCCCGAUCCCCGCGCUGCUCAUCACGGAGAUCUUCCUGCAGUCCUCCCGCCCGUCUGCCUUCAUGGUGGGCGGCAGCGUCCACUGGCUCUGCAACUUCGUGGUGGGCCUGAUCUUCCCGUUCAUCCAGGAGGGGCUGGGCCCCUACAGCUUCAUCGUCUUCGCCGUGAUCUGCCUCCUCACCACCAUCUACACCUUCAUGAUCGUCCCCGAGACCAAGGGCAAGACCUUCAUGGAGAUCAACCAGAUCUUCAUCAAGAUGAACAAGGUGUCAGACAUCCACCCUGAAAAGGAGGAGCUGAAGAACCUUCCGCCGGUCAGCUCGGAGCAGUAACUCAGGGCAGGGGCAGCCUGCGCAGCGAGCCUGCGCGGGGCCUCCCUGUUCCGCCUUUGCUUCUGACUUUCUCGUUGUCUGCGAGCGUCCAGAAAUAAGCGAAGGCUGGCGCAGACCGCAGGCCUCAGCCCCGGCC